UCGGGCGCGCGAGAGAGACCUUAAUCUGUAACAGUAAAUUUACUAUUAUAGGACAGGAAAGUCUUUUAAACCUGGACAAAAUACGAAAAUUUAAUUGACUAUAGCGUCUACACCUUUUAUUAGUUUGACUGACAAAGAGAGUAGCAUUCCUUGUAUGUUGGCUGACCUGGGACUGUAGUUUAUGCGCUAUCUAGACCUUUCACCGCGGAGCUGUACGUAAACAGUAGGAAAAUUUUGACAAAAGAACCAAAAUAUUUCUUUCGAUCGUCUAGUGCUGUGUAAAUACAUAAAGCCCAUCCCAUAAUGGUAUGAUUUUAGGAAAUAUAAUCGAUGUAUUUUUAAUGAUCAGGAGAAAAAAGCUCACAAUUUUUACAGAUGCAAAGGAUACAACGUCAGUUCACGAACUUAAGAAAAUAAUUGAAGGAAUUAUUAAAGUACCACCUGGUAAUCAACAGUUAUUUAAUAAAGAUAAUCAGAUAAUGGAAGAUGAUAAAAUGUUACAAGAUUAUGGGCUUACUUCAAGUGUAGCGAAAGCUCAGAGUCCGGCAGCUGUGGGACUAGCUCUGAGGCAGGAAACUGGUGAUUUUGAACCACUAGAAAUUACACCAUUUUCAUCACCUCCAGAUCUUCCUGAUGUAAUGAAAUCACAAGAAAGCAAUGGCCAGGAACAAACAUCAUGAACACAAAAGAUUGAUUACAUCUGUUUAUUUAAGAUGAAGGCCUCUGUAAUCUCUCUAAUAAAUCACCAAAGACAGGGAUUCAAAUGUAGCCAAUACAAAUCACUGCAAAAGUGAUUUAUUCAUAUAGGACAGAAUGUGUUAAUUUAUUGUUGUUUGUAUGACUUUAAUAUUUAUUUUUUCCUGUCAGAGAAUUAUGACCUCAAUAAUAAGUUAAGUAGUACCUCGUACAAUUUUACUGUGUAAGUGCUAAUACGCAUUUAAAAUUGGUAUCACUCCGUUACAGAUAAGUGAACUUAAUAUGUAAAACUUAGCUAUCUUUACUGUUCUUUUUGUUUUUUUCCCACCCGGGACCCAUUGAAAACCAAACUACUGCAUUACUGGAAUGACAUCUCAGUUGAUACUGUAAUUUUGUAACACACUGAUAGUACUGUUAUCAUGGACCUCAGGUAUCUUUCGUGAAUAACAGCAUGCACAAUGUGACUGAGAGUAAGUUUUUUAAUUGUUUUGUAAGACAACGUAGCACCCUUUCAAAAAUUAGAACUUUUGCAAUUGUAAAACCAAAAUUAUUAGAAAACAAAUUCCCAUGAAUGACAUUUGAGAUGAAAAAGGUGACUUUGCAUUGUGUGUGCCUAUGAAGUUACUAAUGCAUUUAAAUAAAAUGAGUUACAUAAUAGGCCAGUCUCUUAUUACAAUACAGUUUUCAGUCAUUUUAAAAACACUCCUGUUUUCAAGUUUACAUUUAUUACAAAUUAUCUAUAGUGGAUUCAGAUAAACCAAGCUAAACAUAUUUAUUAAAUUUUAGCUGAAAAUUAUUCAUGGUUGUGCUUUUAUUUCAGAAGGCUGUUAACAAACUGGUUUAAGCAGAAUUUGUUACUUUUCUUUGAAUAAACACUAUUUGUAAAUAUCAAAAAA